UAGAGGGGACAAGCGGUGACAAGUAAAGCCGGAGUGCGGGGCUGCUGUGUUGUCCUGUCCGGGUCGUAGUGUGGAAGUCCGGCAUUAACUCUUUCCUGUCUCAAUUCCAUGACUUGAAUAGUGGGCUGCAGACCAUGGUGCUGUAGGGUCGUGCAUGUGAUAGUGUGGUUCCAGCCAUUCACUGUCUGUACUGUAAAUAUCAGGAUGAACACUGUGUGCAGGAGAGCCCUCCUCCAGCUGUGUACACGGCCCAGGAUUAUAGCACAUGUGGGCAAAGACAGGGGCAUCCAUUCCUCAUGUAGGAGGAGGACAGUUAUGCCAGCCUGGGUCAUCGACAAAUAUGGGGGCAAUGAUGUUCUGCGCUUCAAUGAAAAUGUGCUAUUUCCUAUCAUCCAUUACCCAAAUGAAGUUAUCAUAAAAGUCCACGCUGCCAGUGUCAAUCCUAUCGAUGUCAACAUGAGAAGUGGUUAUGGAGCAAAGAGUUUGAAUAUGAGUCGGGAUCCUCUUCACAUAAAGACCACUGGCAGUGAAUUCCCUUUGAUCUUGGGCAGAGAUGUUUCAGGAACAGUCAUGGAAUGUGGACUCAAUGUCAAGUACUUCAAACCUGGAGAUCAGGUAUGGGCAGCAAUCCCUCCAUGGAAGCAAGGCACCUUUGCAGAGUUUGUUGUGGCAAGUGCUAAUGAGGUAUCCUUGAAACCAGAGUCGCUUAGUCAUGCAGAAGCUGCAUCUAUACCCUACGUGGUACUGACUGCUUGGGCAGCCCUUGUUAAUAGCUGUGGUUUGACUAAGGAAAAGUGUCCAGGGAAACGUGUAUUAAUUAUUGGGUCGUCAGGGGGAGUUGGUACAGCAGCCAUUCAGCUAUUGAAAGCAUGGGGUGCCCAUGUAACUGCUGUCUGUUCUGGAAAUGCCUUUACCCUGAUGAAAGAUCUUGGAGCUGAUGACAUUAUUGACUAUACUGUAGAAAGUUUGCAAGACCAGUUGAAGACAAGGGAUCUAUUUGAUGCCAUUCUUGAUAACAUUGGCGGAAGCAGCGAAGAAUUGGCUCUUCAGUGUCUAAAACCAUGGUCCGGAGCCACAUAUGUCACACUAGUUACUCCCUUUCUGUAUAACAAUGACCAGCUGGGGAUAGCAGAUGGCAUGAUGCGUACAGGAGUUACGCUGGCAUCAAAAGUAGCAAAGCACUACUGCAAAGGAAUUCACUACCGAUGGGGAUUCUUUGCUGCCAGUGGUCCAUCUCUAGAUGAAAUAGGGAAGCUUGUUGAUGCUGGCAAGAUGCGUCCUGUAAUUGAAACAGUACUUCCAUUUUCUGAUGUUCCCCAAUCCUUCCAGAAGUUAGAAGCUGGACAUGCACGGGGAAAAACAGUCAUUCAAGUUGUUGGUCCUUAAAAAAUAAACACUUUUAUACUUCCUCCAUUUUCCUAAAAUAUCUCUGUGUGAC